UUCGACAGCCAUUUCAUAAAAAAAUUCUUUGUAACUGGAUUAACUGGUUUGUUCGAAUAGAGACUUGAAGAUAAAAAAUGAAAUAUAUUAAAUAUUUCCUUAUAUAAAGAAAGUUAAAUUAAAAGAAAUAAAAUAUAACCUACAACAGCCAAAACCAAUAGUAUGAAAAAUGAAGUAUUUGGAUUAUCUUAUUUUAACCGUGAUACAAAUGAUGAAACUGUAUUAAUGAAGAGACUUUUUUUUCAUGUCGUUUAAUCAAUCGUAAUAACAAAUUUUUAUUUAGGUUAUGUUUUAUUCUUUAGUUUCUUAACAAAGAUCUCUCAGACUGCUUAUUAGUUUGUUAUGUAAAAUAUUGUUUGCAGUAAUAUAUAUCCGAAUUUAAUGAAAAUAAUAAACGUGAAAUUAUCGAAAUGUUGUUAAAAAAAGUAAAUAAUUUACUACAAAUUUUUGGGUCUGGUCAGAAAGUAUGCAGUAGGUACCUAAAUUUUAUACCUGUAGUCGUAGAACAGAGUGGAAGAGGAGAACGUGCAUAUGAUAUUUACUCACGUCUCUUAAAAGAAAGGAUUAUUUGUUUAAUGGGCCCGAUCACAGAUAAUGUGUCCUCUGUAGUGAUAGCUCAACUCUUAUUUCUUCAAUCAGAAAAUAGUAAAAAUCCAAUUCAUAUGUAUAUUAAUUCGCCUGGUGGAAGUGUAACAGCUGGGCUUGGUAUUUAUGAUACUAUGCAAUAUGUUUUACCUCCUGUUGCAACAUGGUGUGUAGGACAAGCAUGUUCAAUGGCAAGUUUAUUAUUAGCUGCAGGAACAAAGGGUAUGCGUCAUUCAUUGCCUAAUGCAAGAAUUAUGACACAUCAGCCAUCAGGAGGUGUGUCUGGUCAAGCUACUGAUAUACAAAUACAAGCUCUAGAAAUAUUGAAGCUAAAAAAGCAAAUCAACCAUUUAUAUGUCAAGCAUACAGGCUUAGACCUGGAAAAAAUAGAACGUUGUAUGGAAAGAGAUAAUUUCAUGAGUCCCACUGAGGCAAAAGAAUUUGGAAUUAUAGACAAGGUAUUAUCUCAUCCAAUGCAAGAAGAAGCAGAAGCAGAAGCAGAAAGCACAAAAUUACCCUUGAAAGAAGCUACCCUUGAAGCUACUAAUCAACCUUGAUAUUAGGGUUAAACAACACAUGUGCUUAAAAUUAUGAGAUUUUAUUAAAACAUGUAUUUAUCAAUAUCUAAAAAUAGUAAUAAAAUAUUUUUAAAACAAUUUA